AUACCCCCAAGUCAUCUGUGGGCACAACAAAACAUUCCGCCGUUCACCGAUUCGACACGACCAGUCGACGGGGACAAAAGGCGGGGAUUUCCGCAACAAAUUGGGGAUUUAUACAGGUCGGAAAAUGUUAGCAUAUUUUCCGAACAAGUCCCAUUUUAAGCUGGAUUCUUAGAAUAACAAAAGGUGACACUUGGAGAGAGGGAGCAGGGGGCAGACGGACAGGGAGAAAAACAAAGAUGGCUGUGUGAGCCUGAGAGACGAGCCAUCAUCAACAACAACAAGCGUCCGCGGACCGGGACCGACAUCUCGGGCUGCCGGAGCGGACACGCCGGACUUGGGUCAGCCGAACCGAGCCGAGCUGUCGGAAGGGAGAAAGCCCCCGCCUCCCCCCAGCAAAAACAGCUGAGUUGUUUUUGUUCUGGCUGCCCACCUCCCCCCUCCUUCCAACCGGAGCGCUCAGGGCUCGGUGUCAACUAGCUAUCCGCACCGUAAGUCCUCCCAACGCGGGUGACAUUUUGUCUUCACCUCGGUUGUGACUUUCGGAAAAGCGUGAAAAAUAGCCCCCCAAAGAAGAAGUGAGCUAGCAUCCUCCUUUAGCUUUUAGCACGGGUGUUAGCCGACUAGCUGUCAGUUAGCCUAGAAGCUAAUCAGAUUUUGUGGUGGGGCACGUUGAAAGUUCUCGAGGGGCCGGGAUGUCCGCCAUGGAAGACGGCGAGGUGAUGUCCGCGGCCGGCGUGUCUGCGGUUGCGGUGGCGGGUGUGGCCGAGGCGGCUGUAGCCGGGGCAGGGGUAGGGCUCGUCGGGCAGGAGGAAGUCGGGUCGCGGCCCGAGGUCGACUCUGAAGAGCCGCCCAAGAAGAAGACCAAAGUGCCCGAGGGGGAGGCCGGCAAGCUGGAGGAGAGACUGUACUCUGUACUCUGCUGCACCGUGUGCCUAGACUUGCCCAAGGCGUCUGUGUAUCAGUGUACCAACGGUCACCUGAUGUGCGCGGGCUGCUUCAUCCACCUGCUGGCCGAUUCUCGUCUGAAGGAGGAGCAGGCCACCUGUCCCAACUGCAGGUGCGAGAUCAGCAAGAACCUGUGCUGCAGGAACCUAGCGGUGGAGAAGGCGGUCAGUGAGCUGCCCACAGAGUGCACCUUCUGCCUUAAACAGUUCCCCAGGUCCAGCUUAGAGAGACACCAGAAGGACGAGUGCCAGGACAGGGUGACGAUGUGCAAGUAUAAGCGCAUCGGGUGCCCGUGGCAGGGCCCCUUUCACGAGAUGCCGGCCCACGAGGGCGAGUGCUCGCAUCCCACCAAGACAGGCACGGAGCUAAUGGGCAUCCUGGGCGAGAUGGACCAGAACCACCGCAGAGACAUGCAGCUCUACAACAGCAUUUUCAGCCUCCUCUGCUACGAGAAAAUCGGAUUCACAGAGGUACAGUUUCGACCGUACCGCACGGACGACUUCAUCACACGCCUGUACUACGAGACGCCGCGCUUCACCGUGCUCAACCAGACGUGGGUGCUGAAGGCGCGCGUCAAUGACUCGGAGCGGAACCCCAACCUGUCGUGCAAGCGCACGCUCUCUUUCCAGCUCAUCCUCAAGAGCAAGGUGAACUCGGCGCUGGAAUGCUCGUUCCUGCUGCUGAAAGGCCCUUACGACGACGUGCGCAUCAAGCCGGUCAUCCACCACUACGCCUUCAGCAACGACGACAACGAGACGGACUACGUGCUCCUGCCCAUCUGCGACUCUGUGGAGUGCAACAAACUGCUGGCCGCCAAAAACAUCAACCUGCGCCUCUUCAUCUUCCAGGUCCAAAAGUGAAAAACCCGUAGAGCGAGCAAGUGACCGCCACGAGGGGGGGGGGGGCUACCCAGAGAAGACGGAGAGUCGACGCCACUCAACCACUGAUACCUCUUAACACUCACACACAUACACACACACACCCUACUAAUCCACUUACCUCCUUUUACACCACAAGUGAGAAGACUUGUUCCAUUUUUGGGUUAGUGGUCCGUGUGUAGCAGUAGCCCCGCCCCCGACCCUAGCCCCGCCCCACACACGCGAGAGCCAAAAGUCUGUGAAAAUGAGUGUUUACUCAACUGAGCUGUGAUUGUGUGUGACUGUGUGUGUGUGUUCAUUUUAUGUAUAGUUACCCAUGCUUUUAACCCUUUCAAAAAUAUUUAAUAACAGUUUAAUGCGCUUGGUUUUUUGCGCGUCUUUGGGUUUUCAUAGCAUUUUUUUUUUUUUUUCCUGAAGUCAACUCAUUGGCUGCCAUUGACAGCAAUAGACAGCAAUAGACAUCUAAUUGGAUUGGCAGUAAGAGUUAAAAAUAGUAUGAAAUUUAGUCCAAAAAAAAAGGAACAUGGCGUGAUCAAUUCAUUUCAAAAGUUUCAAUUCCUGAGUAAAGCAAGUUUAUUUUAAAAAAAUUGCUUAAAAAUAGUAGCAAAAUUAAUUUUUGGUUGUAAUUCUUUUAAGAGAAAAUCCUCAAGUAAAACAAAAAACAUUAUUUUACAAUUUUAAUUUUAAUGAAUAUUUUGACAUCAAUUUAUUUCAAGCAUUCAAGCAUUUUUUUUCAUGUUUAAAAUAUUAAUAAAAUUAACACAUUUUUGACAAUAUAUAUUGUUUAAAGUGAAAAUCUUCACAAAUAAAAUCAAAAAUGUUAUUUUCCUGCCACGUUUUGAAUUUUAAUAAUUUGGCAUCAAUUUAUUUCAAAAGUUUCAAUUUCUGAGUAAUGCAAGUUUAUUUAAGAAAAAAUGCUUAAAAUAGUAAUAAAAUUUACACAUUUUUGGCAAUUUUUUAAAGUGAAAAUCCUCACAACUUAUAUCAAAAUCUUCAGUAUUUUCCUGCCACUUGUGUUGAAUUUUAAUAAUUAGUAAUUUCACAUAAGUUCGAAAGUUUAUAUACCUGAGUAAAGUAAGUUUAUUUAAAGAGAAAAAAUGUUUAGUAAUAGUAAUAAAAUCAAUGCAUUUUUGGCAAUAUAACUUUUUAUUUUGAGUUAAAAUCCUCAACAUUAUUUUCCUGCCCCUUGUGUUGAAUUUUAAUUAAUAAUUUGACACCAAUUUAUUUUAAAAGUUUAUAUUCCUCAGCAAACCAAGUUUUUUUUUAAAUGGCUUAAACUAAUAACAAAAUUAACACAUUUUUGUUUAUAUAAUAGUUGUUGUUUUUUUCAACUAAAAUCGAAAACGCCACUUUUCCCGCCACGUGUGUUGAAUUUUAAUAAAUCUGAAAAUGGUGCAUAUUUAAAAUAAAAUAAAUAAAAGGAAUUUAGUGUUCCAUAAAUGUUUUUUUCAUUUUUUCCCUUUCACCACUUUGUCUAAUUUUAUAUUUUAAGAAAUGUGAUCGAGGAAAAACAAAAUGUAUUUUGAACAUUUUCUUUUUUUCCUGGAAAAAAUUUGAAUUUGACCUGAUCUCGUGCAAAAUCCAAGUUAAAAAAUCAACAGUUCCUAAUCUUGAAUCAAUCAUUUUCCAUCCAACUUCAAUAUUUUUUCUAUAAUCCGUCUAGCCAUUUAGAAGAAAUUUAUUAGCUACAUUUAAUAUGUAUAUAUAUAUUUUUUUGGCUAUAAUUUCACAACUAAAAUAAAAAAUGUCAUCAUUUUCCAAAAAUGAAUCAAAAAAUGGAAGUUAUGUUGACAUCAAUUCAUUUAAAAAGUUUCAAUUCCUAAGUAAAGCAAGUUUAUCUAAAAAAAAAAUGCUUAAAAUAGCAAUAAAACACUUUUUUUAGCAAUAUUUUUUGUCAAACUCCUCACAACUGAAAUAAAAAAAGUCAUUACUUCCCUGCUACUUGUGUUGAAUUUUAAUUAAUAAUUUGACAUCAUUUUGAAAGUUUAUUCCUAAGUAAAGCAGGUUUAUUUUAAAAAAUGCUUAAAAUAGUUGCAAAAUUAAUCCAGUUUUGGCAAUAUUUUUGUUGUUGUUAAAAUUCUCACAACUAAAAUAAAAAACUAUUUUACUGCCACUUGUGUUGAAUUUGAAUAAUUCAUAAUUUGACAUUUCGAAAGUUUAUAUUCCUGAGUAAAGCAAGUUUAUAUAAAAAAAUGCUUAAACAGCAUUAAAAUUAACAUUUUUGGCAAUAUUUUUUUUGUUAAACUUCUCACAACUAAAAAUAAAAAAUCAUUAUUUCCCUGCAACUUUGUUGAAUUUUGAUAAUUAAUAAUUUUACAUCAUUUUGAAAGUUUAUAUUCCUGAGUAAAGCAAGUUUAUUAUUAAAAAAUUCUUAAAAUAGUUGCAAAAUUAAUCAAGUUUUGGCAAUAUUUUUUUUGUUAAAAUCCUCACAACUAAAAUAAAAAAUGUCAUUAUUUUCCUGCUACUUGUGUUGAAUUUGAAUAAUUCAUAAUUUGACAUUUUGAAAGUUUCUAUUCAUUAGUAAAGCAAGUUUAUUUAAAAAAUGCAGAAAAAAGUUGCAAAAUUAAUCCGUUUUUGGCUACAAUUUUCUUAAAGGGAAAAAUCCUCACAAUUAAAAAAAAUAUAUUUCCCUGCCACUUGUGUUGAAUUUUUAAUAAUUUGACAUCAAUCUCGCAGGUUUCACUUCUUGAGCAAGGAAAAUUUAUUAGAAAAGUUUAAAAUAGUAAUGCAAUAUCUAUACAAUAUAUUUUAAAGUGAAAAUACUCACAACUAAAAUCAAAAACAUUUCCCUGCCACUUGUGUUGAAUUGUAAUAAUCAUUUGACAUCAUUUUGAAAGUUUAUAUUCUGAGUAAAGCAAGUUUAUUUUAGAAAAUGGCUUAAAGUAGUAACAAAAUUAAUGCAUUUUUGGCUAUAUAACAGUUUUUUUUUCUUUAAGUGAAAAUCCUCAAAAUCAAAAACUUAUUUUUCCUGCCACGUGUGUUGAAUUUUAAUUAAUCUAAAAAUGGUGCAUAAUUAAAAAAAGAGAAAAAGGAAUUUACAUUUUUGUUGACUAAUUUUAAUUGAGUGUGUUGUGUAAAUGUUUUGUUUGAUUUUUUUCCCUUUUACCACUUUGUAUAAUCUUUUAGGAAACAUGAUUGAGGAAAAACAUAAUAGUUCGAACAUUUGCUGUUUUUCUGGACAAAAAAUUUGAAUUUGACCUUAUUUUCAUUGACAUAAUUUUCUCAUUUGUUCUCAUGCAAAAUCCAGUUAAUCCAAGUUCAAAAACCAACAGUUCCUAAUCUGAAAUCACUCAUUUUCCCAUCCAACUUCAAAUAUAUUUUUUUCUAUAAUCUGGCAAACCGUUUUUAACAAAUUUAUUAGCUACAUUGUUUUUUCUGUCUGUGCAAGAUGCGUCAACAAAAAACGCUUUUUAACUAUGUUAAUGUGACGUUUAGUGUUAGUGGAUGACUUGGAAGUGUGUAUGUGUUGUGUGUGUGUGUGUGCAAGGGGGUGCACAGCGGGGGGGUCCUCCAUGCAGCGAACUUACUUGAAGGAUGGGAUGUUACGUGAAAGGAAUCUACUGAUAGAAGAUGUCUCUCCUCCUGACCUCUGCUGUAUUUUCACAAAGAAGCCAGCUUGGUCUCUCAUCUCUCACUAUGGCUGUACAUGUGCCUUUGAUUAUUAUUAUUAUUAUUGUUAUUAAAGAUCAUCAACCUACAGAGCCGCUCGCUCAUGUCAAAGUCAUGCAGGACGAAAGGGGCCUUUAUAUGAAAGCGGCGGCCGCCGCAUGAAUUAUUGAAGGCACGUUAUGAAAUCCAAAUUUAAUUUGCGAGCCCGGCCGGGAUGAUGGAUACGUUUUGUUGGCUGGAAAUAGGAAGCGGAGCCACUUGAUGAAUGAAUUAUCACGAGAGAGCGUUAUUACUGCUGUCGGAGGCAAAAGGUCACGUGAGUCAUCUGACCUUUUUUUAUGUUUUAAUUUAAACUUAGAUGUAUGCAAAUAUCUGCUUCACAAAACAGUCAACAAAAAAUUGACAGAGAUGCGAUCAACACUGUUAUCAUCGCAAAAUAAAAGUAAUAAAACAAAACAGUCGUGAAAAAAUUAGGACACCCAAUGGAAGCCUGUGUGUUUUCUAACAUACAGUAUUUGGUCAUAUAGAUAGUUAAUAUCAAUUUGAACAACCUUGAGAAAUUUAAGUGUUAGAACUAAACAAAACUGAAAAAAAGUAAUUAAAAAAAUAAUUUAAAAAAAAAAAAAAAAAAACUUUAAAUAUAAUUUUAAAUAAAUGCAAUUUCUGUUGAGGAAUAAAUUAAGGCACCCCCCACAUUCAAUCACUUAUUUAAACCUCACAUUUUGUUUGGUGUGCCCCUGACGGUUGAAGUGAGAGAAAACACCAUGAUGAGAUCAAAGGAGCUGUCUGAGGCCUUCAGAAAGAAGAUUGUAAGACCCUUAUGAAUCUGGGAAGGGAUUUCAAAAGACCUCAAAAGAAUAUAAAAUCAGCUAUUCCACUUUCUGGAAAAGUCUACAAGUGGAGGACAUUCAAAACAACCGCCAACAUGCCCAGGUCUGGCCGUCUAAGCAAGUUCAUCCCGAGAGCAAAAUGUCAUCACGGGACCUACAGCAGGCUCUUGCUACUGUUGAUGUGGAAAUGCAUGCUGAUGCAGGACCUGGCCAACUCACCAUCAUAGAAUCCACCAUGAAUUAUAUCGUGUAUCAGAGGGUGCUUGAGGAACAUGUGAGAUCAUCCAUGAAAAAAUACAAGACGUGACACAUACAAGUAAAUCCACCAAGGAUUAGCUGAAAAGGAAGAAAUGGAGACUCCUGGAAUGGCCGAGUCAAAGCCCAGAUCUUAUUCCCAUUGAGAUGCUAUGAGGUGACUUGAAACGGGCUGUACAUGCAAGAAACCCCUCAAACAUCUCACAACUGGGAGUAUUCUGCAUUGAGGAGUGGGUGCAAACUUUCUUCAGACCAAUGUCAAAGACUGGUAGAUGGUUCCAAAAAGCGUCUCAGUGAAGUUAACUCAGCCAAAGGGGCUAACACUAGCUAUUAGGUAGUAGGGUGUCCUAACUUUUUCCUCAGCUAGAAUAUCCAUUUUUGUUGAUAUAUUUAAAACAAUGUACAAUGUUAUUUUUUGUUGUUUACCUGCAAUUACAUCACUUUCUUUUCUAGAGAUAAGGAAAAACAAGAUCAGAAAUUGAUAUGUGAACAUUUCUUAAUAAAGAACUGAAUAUUUCGUGGGGUGUCCUAAUUUUUUCAUAUCACUGUAUACAGUUAUAGAAAUUUUAAUCUGAGGCUUCAGGGAAAAAAACGAUAUUCUCAUCAGUUUAUUAGGGCGCAAGUGCCAAGUGAUGCGAGAGCCCCAUUGUAAUGCAAAGGAUUAUUUUCUAUUAUUAUUUCAUGGCAAAUGAAAAUGGACAAUUUGGAGGCUUUAACAUGCUCGAAAACUUGCCGAUACAUGCGGCUUGGCGUAAAUUUUGAUAAUUUUUUGACUUUGCGAAAAACCGCCACACUAUGGCUCAAUGUUGCCCCCUUGAAUUUUUCAAAAAGGCCUCUUUUAUUAGUUUUUUUUUUUUAAUUUAGAGCAAUUAAAUUAUUUGGGGUGUCGAUACCUUGUGCAAAACUGCUCCAAAAAGUCGCACAAAUAUUCCAAACACAACAGGAAAUCAGGAAUUUUGGAUUGAACGGGAAAUUUAUAUCGAGUUACAGGGUGCAUAUCUGAGAAAUUGGCACCUACGCAGUUUGUUGGAUCCUCUUCAAAUUGGUGAGACUGUUCAUCAGACAUAUGGUAUCUAAAGUUAUCACAAUGGUGAGUUUUCACUCAUGGGCCUGACCUGAACAGGGUGCCAAAGUCGGCCUUUUUUGGGGGGUUUAAUACGCCAAAUUCAGUAAAUGACUAAUAACUUCCCGAUCCAAGGUUGUCUUUUUCAUAUCUGGCAUGUAUGAGAGGUAUCCCAGCCUGAACAUUACUGCAUUGAAAUAUCAGGCCUGGCGCCACCGGCUGGGAACAGUAACCGCCUUUUUUUUUUUUUUUUAUUAUUAUUAACGAGACCGGCUCCUCUUCCAAG